AUGGAUCCCACAAUGGAACUACCACAACCCCCCACAACAAUGAAAGCUUGGCUCUACAGUGGCACAUCCUGCGGCCUGGAGAAGAACAUGUACCUAGACUCAUCGGCGCGCGUCCCGCCCGCUCUGAAAGGCGACGAGGUCCUCGUGGAAGUCCUCUCAAGCGCGCUCAACCCAGCCGACUUCAAAGUCCCCGAAAUGGGCCCGCACGUCCGCCACCUGGCCAUCGGGAUGCCAGCGUCCCCGGGGAUGGACUUCUGCGGGCGUGUGGUGACGACCGGUCCGGGUGCCAGCUUCAAGCCAGGCGAGCUUGUCUACGGGUGUCAUAGUAUGCCGGUGAAGUUCGGUGCGCUCGCUAAGUAUCUCUCCAUCUCGUCGAAACUGAUUGCGCCUGUUCCCGAGGGCGUGAGUGUGGAUGAUGCGGCGAGUUUAGGAAUUGCUGGGCAGUCGGCUUAUCAGGCUUUGGAGGGGUAUGUUAAGAAGGGGGAUAAGGUGUUUAUUAAUGGGGGUUCUGGGGGGUGUGGGGUUUUUGCGAUUCAACUUGCUAAGCAUAUGGGUUGUUUUGUUGCUGUGACUUGUUCGACGAGGAAUGUUGAGUUGUGUUAUAGGCUUGGCGCUGAUGAGGUUAUUGAUUACACGGCUGUUGGUGAUAUUGUUGGGGCUUUGAAGAAGAAGGGGAUUGUCUUUGAUCAUAUUCUUGAUCAUAUCGGGUUGCCGUCGGAUUUAUACUUCCAGUGUCAUCAUUUCUUAAGGCCCGGUGGUGUGUUUGUGCAGGUUGGGGCGUCGGCUUUGACUACAUUUGUUGGCAGAGUGACUUGGCCCUCGUUCCUAGGUGGAGGAAAGAGGAAAUACGUCAUCUUCUUCUUCAAAAAUACUCGGGAGCACACCGUCAAGCUCGGGGAGCUGGUCCAGAAGGGAAUUCUCAAGUUGAAUUUCGACAGCAAGUAUGAUUUUGAGGAUGCCGUGAAGGCAUUUGACAGACUUCGCUCAGGGCGCGCCAGGGGCAAAGUCCUUGUUCAUGUGGCCAAUCCUCAAGAAGACACGAGCGCGGUUGUCAACGACUUUUUGUUUCAAUAG